UUUCCUCUGGAUUUUCACGAGGAAACUUGGCUCAAUCUCUUGAGCUCUUUAGCUGCUGGUGGCUUGGAGAGUGGCUUGAGCUUCACCUUAAACACGAAGACGAAAAUGGGGAAAUCAAAGAGAGAAGAUCUGAAUCAGUUUCUCAUUGCUCAUCUCAACACCAUCUACGAUACUCUCCAGUUGUUCGAUCGAACAGCGUCUCCUACAGAGGAGAAAGUUAACUGGAGCGAUGUUCUUCAGAUGUCUGAUCACCUCUCUAAACAAGCCACCAUAGAGGGAUCAUAUGAGAAGGACAAGAAGCCAUCUAUUCCGCAGCUCUCGGGAGCAGUUUGGGAGACAUGCUCGAGCUUCAAGAAGGUUCCUGCAACAAACAUUAUUGCGAUUGGCAGAGGGAUUACGCAGGUUGCUGUCUCCAUGAAGGAUGUUCUUAGGGAGAUGAAAGAAGUGAAGCCGGCUUGUCCUUCACCCGAGUGUGAGGCUGAUGAAGAUGAUAACUCACAUGAUGACGACGACUUAGGCAGUGAUUUGUCUCCUGAAGAAAUGGAAGUUGCUCAAAUGGUUGCUGAGAUUGUCUCUGAGAUGAUCAUGGUGAUCAAAGAACUCAUCCGAGUUAUCACCGGGAUGAUCAAACUGGAGAAUCCAAAAGAUAACGGCGGGUUUGUGGACUCGCUCGAGAAGCUACUGAAGCUGUGCGAAGGAAACGGAGUACAAAUCGAUGAGCUUGGAGCUUGCGUUUACCCACCGCAGGAGAUGAACAAGAUGCAGCAAGCGGUGAAGAUAAUACAGAGAAACCUCGAUGAAGCUGAGGCUGAAGUUGAGCGUUUGAGGAGCUCUUCAGACGCGUUUUCAGGAGCUUGCAGAAAGCUUAGAAACUCGAUGAAACACAUGGAGACUGAGCUGGACAAAAGAUGUGAAGCUGAAGUAGUUGUUGAAAUGCAGAAUGUUACUCUUGUCAAUCUUGCUGUCGUAUCUAAAAAUCUACCCAACUUGAAAAAAUGGUAUAACGGUUUUGGACCAAAUGAAAACCGGAUUGCAGAUUGGAUCACAAUUGAACCGGUCCGUCCUCCGGGAGAUGAUCGCCGACGCCCACGGGAGGGGAGAGAGAUGGCACUAGGCUUCGUGGAAACUUCGAGAUCCUUCUUCUACACUUCUACUGCCAACACCAGCCUCUCCGUCUCUAAGCGACGCUUCCUCUUCCAAUCUCCUAAUCUCCCUCCUCACCCAUCUUCUUCCUCCUCCUCACCCACCUCCUCCAAUCUCGAGUCCUAUUUCGCCAAUCUCAUUUUGACUUCCUACGGGUGUACUCCGAAUCGCAAGUGGUCUUCGCACCAGUUCCGUCUCCUCCUCGCUGACCCAGAUUUGCUUAUCAGAGUCCUCAACAUGAUUCGAGAAAAGCCCGAGAUCGCUUACCAUUUCUUCAAGUGGCUCCAGCAUCAGCGCGAUGUCAAGCAGUCGCUGCAAGCCUUCGCGGCCGUGCUCGAGAUCUUGGCGGAGAAUGAUUUGAUGAGCAAAGCGUAUUGGGUUGCUGGGAGGAGCAUCGAUCUCGGUAUGCACGAAAUUGAUGAUCUUUUGAUUGACGGGGCAUUCGACAAACGGAUUGCUCGUAAGCUUCUGGAUCUGUUGUUGUUGGUUUACACGCGGAAAUCUAUGGCGGAGCAGUGUUUUUCGAGCUUUGAGAAGAUGAUUAGGAGAAGGUUCUUGCCUAGUGUUAGAAACUGUAACAUACUUUUGAGGGUACUCAGGGAUAAUCGGAUGAUGGAUAAGGCUCAAGAGGUCUACAGGGCGAUGGUCGAACACGGGAUCGAGCCAACGGUUGUCACCGUUAACACCAUGCUGGAUUCUUGUUUAAAGGCCGGAGAUUUGGAGCAGGCCUCGGAGAUUCUAUCGGAGAUGGAGAGUAAAGUUGUGCCGACGGUCAUCACCUUCAACACCAUGCUGGAUUCUUGUUUCAAGUCCGGCGAUUUGCAGCAAGUCCACAAGAUUAUGUCGGAGAUGAAGAGAAGAAAAGUUAAAGCUACGGAGGUGACUUACAAUAUACUGAUCAAUGGGUUUUACAAGAACGGUAAAAUGGAGGAAGCAAGGCGGUUUCAUGGAGACAUGCGAAGAUCUGGUUUCCCUGUUACGGCUUAUUCGUUUAACCUUGUGAUCGAAGGGUAUUGCAGACAAGGCUUGCUUGAUGAAGCUUGGGGAGUUAUUAAACAUAUGCUCAAUGCGGGUGUUUCUCCAACCGCAUCGACGUAUAACAUCUACAUACGCGCGCUCUGCGAGUUUAGGAGCAUAGAGGAUGCGAGACGGCUGUUGCUUGAUAUGGGAGCUCCUGAUGUUGUGUCUUAUAACACUCUGAUGCAUGGAUACGUCAAGGCUGGGAAGAUUGCAGAGGCUUUUCUCUUGUUUGGUGAGUUGAGAGAUAGGAAUAUCAGUCCCAGUGUUGUCACUUACAACACUCUAAUGGAUGGUCUUUGCGAGUCAGGGAACUUGGAGCCUGCUCAGAGGUUGAAAGAAGAAAUGGUCAGCCAAAACAUCUAUCCUGAUGUGAAGACGUACACGACUCUUGUGAAAGGAUUUGUUAAGAAUGGGAACCUAGCCAUGGCUACUGCAGUUUAUGAUGAGAUGUUGGGGAAAGGGAUUAGACCUGAUAGAUACGCAUACACUACGAGGAUCGUCGGUGAACUUCAGCUUGGAGAUUCAGACAAAGCGUUUCGUCUGCAGGAAGAGAUGGUGGCAAAGGAUCAUUAUUCUCGAGAUCUGAUCACGUAUAACGUUUGUAUAGAUGGACUCUACAAGGUUGGGAACCUGGAGAAAGCGAUUGAGUUUCAGCGUAAGAUCUAUAGUGAUGGUCUUGUCCCUGAUCAUGUUACUUACACCACGGUCAUGCGUGCUUAUUUGGAGAAGGGCCGGUUUAAGAUGGCCAAAGUCUUGUACCAAGAAAUGCUGAGGAAAAAGUUGUCUCCCUCUGUGAUCACCUACUUUGUGUUGAUUCACGGCCAUGCGAAAGUUGGGAGGCUACAACAAGCCUUUCAGUAUUCCACGGAGAUGAAAAAGAGAGGCGUUCGUCCCAAUGUCAUGACGUGCAAUGCUCUUUUACAUGGCAUAUGCAAAGCUGGCGAGGUAGAUGAAGCUCACAGAUACUUCUGCAAGAUGGAAGAAGAAGGGAUUCCACCGAAUAGGUACAGCUACACUAUGCUUAUAAACAAGAACUCUGACCUCGGUAGAUGGGAAGAGGUUAUCAAGUUGUAUAAAGAGAUGCUAGAUAAAGAAAUCGAGCCAGAUGCUUAUACACAUUGGGCCUUGUUCAAGCAUUUGGACAAGGACCACAGAUCACGAGAGGUUGAGUUCCUUGAAAAGUUAUUACGAAGGGAAACACACUCUGAGCUAUGGCCAGAAUCGAAUCCGAUUGUUGUUGAAGCUCCGUUUACUUGUAGCUUAGCUCGAUUCUUACCUGCAAGUAUGGCUAUUACUUACUACACAGCAGAGGCAAGAAGAAUAGGAAUAAAGAUGACACGCAUAAAUGGUGUUUGCAAAAUUUCUCUCACACUCAAAUCCAUGGCUCUCGAUUCUUCCGGCAAACAAUCCGAGCAGCAGCAACCGCGAGUCUCCCCCGAAACCGGCGACGCGGGAUUGAGGCUUCGGAGAACCCCCAACGAGGAGCAUCAGCCGGAGAACUAUGAGGAUCUGCAGCUGGAUUUCAGCCCGGCUCUCUUCAGCUCGCUCGAGCGCUACUUGCCUGAGAAGCUUCUCAGUUACCCUCGCAUCGAGAAGGCUGGUUUCAUGAGGGACCUUCUUCUCCGAUACUCCCCUGACACUGAGCGAAUCCGGAUUCAGAGGCAUAGAGAAUACAGGGAGAAAAUCUUGUCUACUUUCCAGCGUAGGCAUGUGGAGAUCUAUUCUCUCGACCCAGCUAGCUUCUUCGCGCCUUCGUUUCUUGAAGCUGUUAAUCACAAGUCGGAGGAGGGUUUCAGAAGCAUAGUUGUUCAGCAAGCUCCGGGGAUUUUCACUUUUCCAAUGUUUAACCCACAGUUUUGUGAAUCGUUACUAGCAGAGGUUGAGCAUAUGGAGAAGUGGGUCUAUGAAUCCAAAGCCACAAUAAUGAGACCCAAUACGCUGAACAGAUUUGGUCUUGUCCUUGAUGAUUUUGGGUUUGAAAGCAUGCUCCAGAAGUUGGUUGAUGACUUCAUAAGUCCUUUAUCUCAAGUUUUGUUCCCGGAAGUCUGUGGAUCCUCUUUAGAUUCUCACCAUGGCUUUAUUGUUGAAUAUGGAAGAGAUAGGGAUGUUGAUCUUGGGUUCCAUGUGGAUGACUCGGAGGUUAGUUUGAAUGUCUGCUUGGGUAAGCAAUUCGCUGGUGGGGAGCUGUAUUUUCGAGGUGUGAGAUGCGAUGACCAUGUGAAUUCCGAAAGCACUCAGGAGGAAGUUUAUGAUUACUCUCAUGUACCUGGUCAAGCCAUUCUUCAUCGUGGACGUCACCGCCAUGGUGCUAGAGCUACAACUGCUGGACACCGAGUCAACUUGAUUCUGUGGUGUAGAAGCUCAACUUUCCGAGAGAUGAAGAAUUAUCAAAGAGAAUUCCCAAGUUGGUGCGGAGGAUGCAAAGCUGAUAGACAAAAGAGGAUGCAAGCGUCGAUUAAAGCAACUACAGAGGAGCUGAAGAAGAGAGUAGCAGGGAAGGUGCUUGCUGAGCUAGCUCCAAGAUCAUCUGCCGACUAA